AUGAAAUUGGAAACUGUCCAACAACAGGAAAACAGCCUGGCUAAGAUUCAAGGUGUAAGCAAAAGCCUGCAGAGAGUGAACAGAAUCCUCAUGGGCCCAAGGAGCAUCCAGAGAAGUCACUUCAAAGAGGUGGGCAAGCAGAGUAACAGGAGAGAACAGGGUGCCUGGGCAUUUGUGGAGAACUCUGCCAAAGAAAGGCUUGGGAGUCCAGCCCCAAGGGAGCUGGAACAGCCUCACAUAGAGCAGGGGCACGAGAAGUUAGCAGGAAACGCCGUCUAUACCAAGCCUUCGUUCACCCAAGAGCAUAAGGCAGCAGUCUCCUCUUUGCUGAAACCCUUCUAUCUCCACCCUUGCAAAAGCCCUACCUGA